AUGACCGCCACCACCAUGGCGACCCACCCAACUGAUGACAGCCUGCUGGCGAUCGGCACUGCGCGAGGUGACGUGUUUGUGUGUGACGUCGCCGACCACAAGGUCCUCAGCAAGCUCAAAGUGAGCAGAAACGUUCCGGUCAAGUUCGGCGUCUUUGCCCGUCACAGCAGCGUCUUGUUCGUCAACUCUGUUGAGAGCGUGAUCAAGUGCGACUACAGCACACCACCAUACUGCAUCGCAAUGACAGAGCAGAUGACAUGGUCACGCAGGCAGUUUGACCUGUGCCACCUCCGCCCAACGACAGACCCCAGAUGCCACUCCUACGCCAUUGUGCCCGUUGUUGUUCCACCAGCAACACCUCCCGCAGAUGCGCACAAGCUUGACGACUACGAUGUCACUGCAUUGCCGUACCUGACAUCAUCUUGA